AAAUAAUUAAAUGGGACACAGUCUAUAACCAAACAAAAUUGAUGACGUCAUUGCAUUGUUCACAACAGAAGUAGAAUGGGUGGCGAAAUUUGAUUUCGCGAGCCAAGAAAAUUAACAAAACAUUGUAAAAGAAUUACUUUGGACUUUAAUGAAGGGCAGAGAAUAAGACAGACAAUUAAACAUGAUUCACAGUUCCUCAACCAGGGCAACUCCUACUGGAGAAAAUAUCACAAAACUUGUUAGACAACAUUACAGACCAGCUCCUAAGAAAGUAUACAGUCAUGAAAAAGUACAAUGUCGUACAGACAUUACUUGCCAGAAAAGUAAACCGGAAGAUUACUGGAAUUCCAAUUACAGACGACGACAAGCUAACAUGCAUAGAGGGUUUUACAGUACGUCUGUAGAACCGUAUGAGCCGAUUGGUGGACAGCUGAUUCUAGACCCAGCUGAACUGGUCAUGUCUUCAUUACCGGGAAGUUUUGAUAGAAAGAUCAACCGACUUAGAAGAGGUACAAUUUUUGAAGAGAAAAAAAUCGACACCAUACCAAAUGGGAAAGAUAAGCUUGAAUUUGACGAUGACUCGUUUACGAGCCAGGAUCUUAUAGAUACGGCCCCUACAGCAGGCUAUGAUGACAUUAAGAAGCUCCUCAAAGAAUCUAAUCAAAGGAUUGUAUGUGUAAAAGCUGGGAAAUGGUACGAGGAUCAUGUCAAAGCUGUUGAGGAGACCAGUAAUGCUGAGAUAGAGGCCAGUAAAUCGGAAGACACCGGAAUGGUUCUCAAAUCUGUAUCAUCUGUAUGCUUGACAAAGACUGGUAAAACUUCCAGUCAAGCCCCUAGUGAACCAGAAUCCAAAAAGAGUAGUAGAAAUUCAAGUGGUAAAGUGUCGAUAGCAGAGAUAAUCACUUCCCCUUCACCUGUAAGAAGUAAUAGCAGUGGACGGUCAACCCUUAAAGCGCCGUCAAUAAAGAAGAACAAAAUAUCCCUCGUGCAAGUUAGUACUGAGAUAACGUCUGUCCUAUUGCGAAAAGAAAGACAGCUACGAGACCAUCUGUUCUUCCUUAAGUCGAUAUUCAAUGUUCUUAGAGCUUUACAUAAUCUUAAAGUGAGGGACAUUCGGUCAAAGGUGCCGUUGUCAAGGGAGGCCGUAGAAAGACUACAGAGGGAUCAUUUCAGAGAAGAAGAUUAUAGCCGUGGAACAUACGUUUCUCACAUACCCGGAGGGAGGCAGCGAGGUGGAAGCACUUACAGAAGUGGUUACAACAGCCGGCGCACUUCUUUAGCCGAGGACCCUAGCGAACUUGGAGAUUUCUUGCAAGAGGAUCCUUUUUCAAUGAAAAGAAACCAACUCCAGCAAAAGAACACAAAGGAUUAUUUGCUAACACCGAGACAGAAUACACAGCAUAGUCGGAGACUAUCGGUGGCCUCAUACAACCAGGGGGGCUUCAACCCGCUUCGCUCGUCUGCAGCAGACACUUUUGGAGAUAAUGCUGAUCUUUUAUCUGAUGAUGAAACGCAAAAGAAGACGCCUGCAUGGCAACAGAAGACCUCAGACCUACCUAUGUCCCAGAAAAAGAGAUCCAUUGGGGAAAAAUCAACACCCUUAACAUUUCGAUCAUUUGCUAAGAAGGUAACCAUGAAUGGAAACAAAUCAAGAAGGAAGUCAAAGAAUGUUGGAACAACAGAACGGCCUGCCCUCGAGACUUGGGAAGAUCUGUUGAAUGUGCAGCCGGAACCUUACAAGGAAAAACCGGGAUCGGGCAACAUUGGUUUCCAGAUGGGGGUCAUCACAAAGUUUAUGCGCUGGUACAGGAAAGUGGAGGAUGCGGUUGUGACUGAGAGAGAGAAAAGACGGGCUAGUAUAGUUCCCCAGCAUGGACCUAUAGACAA